UUUGCAGAUGUCAAUGGUCGUCGUCGAAACAAUAGAGCAAAAAUUGUUAAAAGAAUCUGAUAGUGAAAUAUCAGAACCUAGUCGCUCAAAAACCGAAACAAUUAUAGAGCAAAUAGGUCAUACCCAAGAAGAAUUACGCUCGACACUUGUAGACAUUGCAAACAGAGAAGAAAAAUUAGAUGAUUUAAAACAAAAGUCAG